CGGGUGCCUACAUUCCGUUAAUGAGCUUAAACCUGGUUGUGGACUAUUUUCGUUCGGUUGUAUUGCUGCGAGCAUGGUUCACAUAUAUGAUACCAAUGAUAACCGUAUCACACAUCGCUAUGACUGCGUCGUCAUUUCUGAUGGUUGCUGCAAGCUUUGAACGAUACUGUGUCACAGUACAUCCUCAAUGCACAAAAUUUCUCAAUCGAAACAGGUAAAU